AUGGUGGCUGAAGUUCUGCGAAGCGGGGCUCUCCCCGUUUUCGGGCACAGAGCAGCCGGGGUGGGAGCUGUGGUUUCCAAGGGCGGGACAGCUGGAGCCCCACUGCCCACACCCCCCAAAUCCAGCCUCUGCGAGCUGGACACCAGGUCCGUGGAUGCCACCCCUGCACGGCUCCGCGUGCCGGAAUGCCGCUGCAAGCAGUACUCGCCGGGCUCUGGCCGCAGCUUAGGAGAGGAAGCCCAGGCGGGUCCCCGGGGUGGCGCGCAGCCCACCCAGCUUCCAGGGCCAACCCACAAGGGCCGCGCAGGAGCGGCCUGCCCGAGCAUGGUCCAAGGCGCAGGCAGGGAGGCCAGGAGGACCGAGCAUUCUGGGCGUCUGCGCCCCAGCCCCACCAGACCCCAGGCACCCCAGAUCCGCCCUCCCGAGCGCACGCGGUGCCCUGCCUUGUCGCUCUCGGCUCUGCGGGCGGAGGACAGAAAGGGAGAGGGCGGCGGGAGCCUAACGCCCCGUCCCCAGGCUCCUCGCGGCGCCGCCUCGGGCCGGCGCGCUGCGCACAAGCUGACUUCCAGCGUCUGCUCGCCUAGUGGACAAACGAGGGGUGUCCAGGCCACGCUGGCCCCUCCUGUCGCCAUGGCGGGGGCGGCGUGUGUCUCUCCCGCCGCGGUGGCGCUUUCUCCGCAAAGAAAAGGUACCUUCCCUCCUCCCCCAAAGAACAGGCCAUUAGCUUCCUCCAACCUUCCCAGCCGGUGGCCUUUCUUAAAGUUCACACGGCUGGAAAAGCUCGCGGUGCUCGGCGGCUGCCCGCCUUUCCGAGUGCAGCGAGCCAGCCCCUGCCGGAGGGAUGCCCCGUUAAUCCCUGGUGGGGGGGCCAGGGGGACACCCUGCCUGCCUCGGGGUGCCACGCCGCGCUGGUUUAAGGGCACUUCUGCCAAGCGGUCCCGGGGGGACGGCCGAGGAGGAGCCCGGAGCUCGGAGGAGAGGGCGCUCCGCGCCGGCUGCGCCUCGUCGGGACGGCCGGGGGCGGCGGAGUUGGGCGCGGGAGCGGGGGCGGCCGCGGUCACCUCUGUGCUGGGCAUGUACGCGGCGGCCGGCCCCUACGCGGGCGCGCCCAACUACAGCGCCUUUCUGCCCUACGCCGCCGACCUCAGCCUCUUCACGCAGAUGGGUUCACAGUAUGAGCUCAAGGACAACCCCGGGGUGCACCCCGCCACCUUCGCGGCCCACACGGCGCCCGCCUACUACCCCUAUGGGCAGUUCCAGUACGGAGACCCCGGGCGGCCCAAGAACGCCACGCGGGAGAGCACCAGCACGCUCAAGGCCUGGCUCAACGAGCACCGGAAGAACCCCUACCCCACCAAGGGCGAGAAGAUCAUGCUGGCCAUCAUCACCAAGAUGACCCUCACGCAGGUCUCCACCUGGUUCGCCAACGCGCGCCGGCGCCUCAAGAAGGAGAACAAGGUGACGUGGGGCGCGCGCAGCAAGGACCAGGAAGACGGCGCUCUCUUCGGAAGCGACACGGAGGGGGACCCGGAGAAGGCCGAGGAUGACGAAGAGAUCGACCUGGAGAGCAUCGACAUCGACGAGCACGACGGCGACCAGAGCAACGAGGACGAGGAGGACAAAGCCGAGGCGCCGCGCGCGCCCGACGCGCCCGCGGCCCUCGCGCGGGACCAGGGCUCGCCGCUGGCGGCCGCCGACGCGCUCAAGCCCCCAGACUCGCCCCUGGGCCUGGCCAAGGAGCCCCCGGAGCCAGGCAGCACGCGCCUGCAGAGCCCCGGCGCUGCGGCGGCCGGCGGCCUGCAGGGCGCGCCGAACAGCAAGCCCAAGAUCUGGUCGCUGGCCGAGACGGCCACCAGCCCCGACGGUGCGCCCAAGGCCUCGCCGCCGNCGGGGGCGGGGGGUCCUAAGCUCGAUGUCUCCCGAUUCCUCCCAGAGAGAGACCUCCUCCCCAGACCGGACUCGCCCGCGCAGCAGCUGAAGUCGCCCUUCCAGCCGGUGCGCGACAACUCGCUGGCCACGCAGGAAGGGACGCCGCGGAUUCUAGCAGCGCUCCCGUCGGCCUGAUCCAGGGUCGUCUCUGACUUUCUCCGGGGGGGAGGGGGGAGAUCUUCGGGAGGGAGGGGAUGAGGGAGGAAUUAAGACAAAUAUUUGAGACUGGUGCAAAGGACAGAUCUGGCCACGAAGUCGAGGACUCUCCCAUCCAUCGCUUUCUGCAGAAAGGGGCUCAUCCGACCCGAGCUCCGCAUCCAGGCAGCCCGGCCUGUGCUGGGGGUGGCUGUCACCGUUCUCCGGGUGACUAUCGGUUCGGUAUAUGUCCCCGCCACGUGCUUGUGUCUUUUUUUUCCCCCCUUCCUGUAUAUAGAGUGAUUUCAGAUUGUAAAUAGCGCGUCAGCAAACUUGUCUAAAUCAUAUAUUUUUGUCUAAUAAACUAAACGAAAUGAUG